AUGGCCAAAAUCAUUUUAUUCUGUGUGCUGAGCCUUUUGGCAUGCGCUGCAGGUCAACGCAUUACGACAAUCCAUUUGGAUGGAGUCCAGUACUUCAUCAGCCGGAUGAAUCCCUAUUCGCCGGAACUGAACUACUUCCUGGCCUACCAGUACUGUCGCUCCUUGGGCCUGCAGCUGGCCUCGUUCGAGACCAAGGAGAAGGCCGAAUCGAUGACAACGUAUUUGAAGAAUGCCGGCUACGGCAACUACGAUUUCUGGACCUCCGGAAAUCGCCUGGGCACGGGCAUGUUCCUAUGGAUGAGCACCGGUUUACCGUUCAAUGCCACCUUUGACUUCUUCGAGAACUCGGCGGACGCCAUCCAGGCCGGCCUCCUCGAUCCCGUCGAUCACAACAGCAACACCUCGCCCCAGCGCACCGCCCGCGACAGCAGCAGUGGCGCCGAGAAGGGAUGCGUGAUCCUGAAGCAGCCCACGCUCAAAUGGAUGCCCGAGGACUGCUCGGCCGUCAAGGACUUCAUUUGCGAGCAGACCCGCUGCUACUACUACAACUACGGCAGCAUCCCGGUCUCGUCUGCGCAGGGACGACCCAUCACCUCGACCACGCCCAGAACGCCUGACGCACUGAUGCACCUGCAUGCCGCCCCCACCACCACGCCCCUGCCCCUGCUGAUGUCCACCACUGGAGGCCUGUACACGGCCGCCAAGGCCAAGUCGUCGCCAGCGAUUGCCCAGCGCCUGGCAGAGGAGGCCAGCUCGCCGUCGUUCCACUCCUUCAAGCUGAACCAAGAUCGCUCGCUGACCGACAAAGAUGCCAUUGACGUGGAGGUGGACGACCAGGACACGGACAUGGAUGCCGAGGAGCACGACGAUCACGAGCACGAGCACGAGGCGGAGAGCGAUGGCGAUGUAGAGGGCGACGAUCACGACGGGGAUAACGAUAGCUUCAGCGAGCAUGCCCGCGAGCUGAUCGGCGAUGGCGAGGGCGAUGACAUCAAGGAGCAUGUCUUCCCGCUGCACGACAACGAGCUGCACCACGAGAUGCACUCCAUUGAAGAGGUUCAGCAGCAGCUGCAGCACCACGACGAUGAUGCCGCACCAGCUCCCGCCGCCGCCGCCGAAGAGAGUGUCAGCGUUGAGCACGAGACGGAGGCUGACGGAGACUCUGAGUCGGAAGCAGAAGCCGAUUCGGAGGCCGAGUCCCAGGCCCCUGGACAGGCCAAUGAGGCGCUGCCGAGCUCCACAGAGUCGCCGGCCGCCGCCGCCAUCGAGGAGCGCAUCAAGCAGAUUGCACAGGACUUCCAGAAGAUGGCCAGCUCGCAGGAGAUGCAGACCCCGCCCAAGGAGGAGGUCUCGCCCCAGCAGUCGCUCUCGCUGAACGACCUGAUACGCACCCUGCGCCCCAACGAGCAGCAGAUCAUACCCCAGAUCGACUCCGACUACUCGAACGCCAUGCGGGUUCUGGGCAAGACCCUGGUGCCCAACAACUAGGCUUCCCCACUGGCAUUGGCCUCCAUUAGC